AAUACCUUUGUCAUUUAUGGUAAAAGUGCACUCUGUUAGAAGUAAGAAUUCCUUUGUAACAUUACUUAUCAAAUGUAAAGUUUAACAUUGCAUUCAGUCAAAAGACUUGUGUAUAUGUAUAAUUUUUGUAAUCUAGGUGCAAAAGCUCAGCUUUGCAAACCUUGUGGUAGAUACAUUUUACUUGCAUAAUCCAAGACAAAAGAUAAAACAAGACAUGAAGACAUGAUGCCUCUUAAGGCUUUCAUCUGAGAGGGAUUCCCAUCUACUCGGUUAAGGUGGGUACAGUAGCAGAAUAUGUUCUGUUGUAAGCAUGUAGCCUGGUUAUGGAUGAUUAUUUUGCACCCAAAACAUUUGCGCCUGGUUCAGUUGCUGUUUCAAAUCUACUAGUACCUAAUGGGAAAUCCCAUAAAGAUGAUAAGGACAUUGUAUUUCUGUAAAAGGUAAAAGUAUUCACAAUUUUUAAGCAAUUGAAGAGUAUUGCCAGCAUUUUCAAUAGCUUGCCUGUCCGUUCCAGUGAAAAUGCAUGCAGCGCACACUCCAGGGAAUAUAUAACCUGUAUAAUGAUUGUGUAUAGAUCAUUUUGUUUUAUUUUCAACAGAGAUGGUGACUGAUUGCCAAAAGCUGCACCUUGUCCAGAUCACCGUGGCAAUGAAGUUCCUGUUACAGUUGUGUGCCAUUCCUGACUCAGGCCCAAAGAGCCUGGACCUGGGCCGCUAAUUCAGUAAAGUGGAGAUCCUGCAGCCCUCCAACAGUACAACCUGACGUGAGAGGCUGACGUCAGGUGGAAUUGGGUAUGGCAACAGCAUCCUCCAUAGGUCUGUAAGUGCUGAGGUGUGACAAAGAACAAGGCCAAUUUUGAGUCUUUCAUGAAGCUCAUCCAGGACCAUGCUCACAUGGAUGAGAACAGAUAACAGUGCAGCUAUGAAGAGGAAGUUCUGGACACACACCAUUGUCCAUCAUGAUGCCCCCAUACAGCUUCCACCUCAGUGAGUGAGCGAUGUGGUUUCAAUUGGAUCCAUGAGUUAAGCACAACAGAAGAUCAAUGGAGUUGAGCUUUGCACUGAUGUACAGCAACAAUGUACGAGGGAUGAUGAAAAGCUUAUUUUCUUCUUGGAGAAGGCGGACCCCAUCUUUAAAGUAGACUGCACUUCCAACAUCUGCAUAGCUGCCGACAUCAACCCCUGGUCCAGGUGGCCUACUGGUGUGUUGGGGAGUAUGGAUAUCUUCUUAUGUCAGGUCAGGUGGAGAAGAAGAGCCUCUUCAGGUCUGGUCUAGAUGCCAAGGUAGGAAGUAAAGGAGAGGGAGAAGCAAACACAAAUGGAGAGAACACGACAGUUUCACCUCCUGCAAGGCCUAAGCAGCUGUCAAACAGGAAGAGGUCCAGCUCCCAUGGUGCCUGGUAUGAGCGCCCCCCAGCCUCAGGUGGACAUGUUGGGAGCCCUGAUGGAUGGUGUCACUCCACAACCAGCCAUGCAAAUGUCUGCCAACAACCUAGGAUCGAGUUCAGCUUCCAGAAGGACAACAGCAAUGAUAACGUAGUCAUCAUCACACUGACGGCCACCAACAGCACAGAUACACCCAUGCAUGAGUUUGUGUUCCAGGCUGCAGUUCCAAAGACAUUCCAGCUUCAGCUCCAGUCACCAUCUGGUAGUGUGGUUCCCGCAUCCAACAUAAGAGUGGUCACACAGGUCAUCAAGAUCCUCAACCCACAGAAAGCACCAAUCAGGAGAAUAAAGUUGACGUACAACUACAAGGGAAACAAUGUCAACGACAUCGAUGGGAGAAGUGAACAACUUUCCAGCAGCUCUGUGCCAAUGACCCUAGCCUUACUGUAGUAUAUGAAAUAGAUAAAUUAUUAAGAUAGUAUCGGAAGUCUUGGUGAUGAAAAGGCUCUGGGUCAAUGACUUGUUGUACAGAGAUCUGUUAUACUUAUAGUUAAACACUACUGACAAGUCUUUAAUGUAUCAAUACAAGUAGACUCUAAUGAAACAAGUUAAUGAUAAAGCUGUAUAUUUGUGCAGAAAAAGUAAUGUAUCUGUAUCCAAAUGUCCAUGUUUAAUGACUUAAAAACAUUUGAACUCACACUUACUGAAUAGCAUUACAUGUCAAAAAUGCUCUUUUAGCGUCAAUCCUAACAUUUCCUAAUGUACACAGUACCGAUGGGCCUCAGGCCUAUUUCAAUGUAUUGUUCUUUAAUACUGCAAGCCCAGGACAGGACUUUCACAGUUGGCAUGUACCAUACAAGUUUCAAGGCAUUAUGCUUGUAGAGAUGGGUAAUGUGAAAUGAUCUGUGUUUUAGUUAAGAAGCAAGAAAAGUAGUGAUAAAGGUGACAGUGGUUUGGGAUGACAAUUCCCAAAGUUAUCAAUGUUAACUGGCAACUAUUAUAUUAAGAAUCAGCUUUAUGUGAUGAAUUUGCAUAAUUAAAGAAUAAGAUUUAUGAAUUUUCAUAGUUGAAAAUGUUACAGUUUAUAAAUUGUUGUGUGUGUUGUGUAUGUAUAGUAUAUCCAUCUGAACAUGAAAAAGAAAAGGUAAUGGUAAUUAUUCUUUCAAUUGCAAAUUUGGAUGACAGUUAAUCGGUCUUUUACAAACAGACUUGUUAACUUAAAAUAGUUAGUUAAAACAUCCUGGUCUGGUAAUGUUAGCCAUUAUAUAGUACUUAGUGGUACAGUAUAGUUGCAUUGUGCAUGAAUGACUCUAGCGUAAAACUUAAUUGUAGAUACUGUAAUUCACUUUGUCUUCUCGGUACCAAACUUUAACAGUGUGAGAAAAUUCAACGUGUUCUCGGAACUAAAUGUUAACGGUAAAUGAAUUCUUUGUUAUACAUAAUUUAUAUAGUCACCAAGAAUAAUGAUGUCACUGUGAAAACCUUGAACAUAAAAGUACAUUGAAGAAAAGAAGGAAUUACAGUAAUUGGCACACUAGCAAUUAAGAAUUUAAGGAAUAUAUAGGCAUACGUAAGUUUGUUGUCAAUUUAUUAAGAAGAGAAACAACAACUUGUUUGUAAAUGUUAAUAAAGGAUACAUUGUACAAUUGAAAUUUUCUACAUCAUAACUUGUUAUAAAACAAUUCAUUUCUGUACUGAAGAGGAGCCCACUCAUGCCAUAUUUCAGUAUUUUAUUAGGCUAUUAAUAGCAUGUGUUCACAUUUUUCUGCACACAAUACUGUAAAAAAUAUCUAGGAAGUGAAAUGAAAUAAAUGUUUGUAUUUGAAAAAAGUUUGUACACACUGUAACAGAUACUCAUCUAAGCAACUCCUCAUUGUAACAAUGUUGCUGUAAUAAAUAAAUGUAAGAAAAGUCUGCAGUUUGGUGAAGAGUUUUAUUAUAAUGUAAAUAGUUUUGUUAAUAAUAAGUAGCUAUGUUUUACUAGUAUUGGUUAACUGGGCCCCAGUCAGGUUUAUAACACUUGUGUCUGAGCCUUGUUUGUUACAUUAAAUUAUUAUUGAUUAAUUGGGCACUGAGGUGAGGUAAAUCAAGUUCCAUAUUUGCACUAAUUUCCUCAAACAGAAGAAGAACA